CGGCAUAAGUCCCACCAUGAAGAAAAUGUCUGAGGCGAAAUUUAUUUUCCUGGUUGUUUUUGCAUGGAAUUUAGCCUUUAUUAGUGCGGUAGUUACAAGUGAAAACGAUAAAAAGAUCAAUGAAAUUAUAAAGAUCAGUAAAGCAGGUGACUUGAGAAAAGAAUUAACUAGAAUAAAGCGUCAAGCAUCUACGCCGGGGGGCGCUAGAUCUAACAGUGGAGAAUUGGAAGUUCACAUUCAAACUUUGGAAGACCCAAAACACAAUGAAGCUAUAGUACAUUGGUCUGGAAGUAAAAGCAAUGCUAUAUUUGUACUAACCAGAGAGAAUGGAGGGGAUAGAAUAAGAGAUAGCACACUCUGGAGGUCUGAAGAUUAUGGCAACAGCUUUGAGAAAGUGACAUUUCAACACACAAAUGUCCUCAUCAACUUCUUCUAUGCCUGUCCCUUAAACAAAGACAAGAUUAUUUUGACUGAUACAAAAAACAAAGUGAUAUAUAGGAGCACAAAUGAGGGAAAGAAUUUCACCUAUCACCCAAUAGGCUUUAGUCCUGAUAAAAUCAUAUUCAAUCCUUCGGUUGAGAAUUUGGUCCUGGCCUACACAUAUUCCAAUAGAACUUUAUACGUAUCAAAUGAUUUGGGGAAGUCUUGGGACCUUGUACAUAACCAUGUGAACAGCAGAUUUUUCUGGGCUGUUAAAGGUGUUGAUAAAGAUUCUGCCACAAUUCACAUGGAGGUUCAGGAUACAAGAACAGGGGAGUACCGCUACACUGCCUGUGUAAAGCCUUAUAUGGAUGGAUGCAAUAGUCUGCCAGAACUUGAUAUCGGUGACAUAGACAUGUACUCUCUUGUUGUUCAGGAUGAGUACAUAUUUGCACAGAAAACAGAUUUUAUGUCUGGAACAUUGUAUGUGUCAUACAAUAGAAAGCCAUUCAGAGCUGCAAUGUUCCCACAAGGACUACAUCCACAGGACUUUAGGAUCUUGGACACAGAUGAGCACCAAGUGUUCCUCGCUGUAGAUCAUGUGGAGAAUAUAGUGAACCUGUAUCUGUCUGAUGUAGAAGGAUGGCUCUUCACACUGACCCUAGACAGAGUCCGCUCUGUUAACCAAGCAAAUGGCUUUUCUGUUGACUUCUAUGAGGUGAAGGGGUCUCAAGGAACAUACAUAGCAAACCAGGAGGGCUACAAUGGCCGUGAUAUGACUACAAGGAUAACAUUUGAUAAAGGUGGAAACUGGUCUGUUAUACCUGCUCCAGCUGAGGACUCUUAUAACCAGGAAUUCAACUGUAAACUACCGGCAUGUUCACUGUUUAUCCAUCUAGGAUUUAGCAGUUCUAUGUACAACAUUCCAUAUAUUCUCUCUAAUGUAGAUGCCCCAGGACUCAUCUUUGCCCAAGGGUCUCCCAACACAACCAUGUCAUUUAGAAAUUCUAGACCUAAUUCAUUUAUGUCCCGUGAUGGAGGGCAUACAUGGAGUGAGGUUUUCAAGGGCAGUUAUAGCUUCAACAUAUUGGACCAAGGUGGCGCUAUUGUAGCUGUAGCUGAUAAUUUUUUCAACAAAACCAACCAAAUCAGGUACAGCUGUACAGAAGGAAAAAUCUGGAAGAACUACACCUACCAUAACUAUUCCAUGCAUGUUGAUGGUGUGCUAAAUGAGCCAGGGAUAACUUCAUUAGUUGUCAGUAUAUAUGGACACAUGGAUAAAAAUCAGGGCUGGGUGAUUGUAAAGGUUGACUUCUCAAGCAUUCUUAGCCUAAAAUGUACAGAUAACGACUACACUACUUGGACGCCAUAUGAUGAGGCUGGUCACGAGUGUAUACUAGGCCAGAAGAUAAUCUAUGAAAGACGUAAACAAAGGUCUGUUUGUUACAAUGGACGUGAUUACGUUCGACCAACGAACAAGUCUGUAUGUGAAUGCGUAUCUGAAGACUUCGAAUGUGAUUAUGGUUAUACUAGAGCCUCGGGAGGCAUGUGUAAAGUAGAGAAGUGGUUCAAUGCCUCAGUGCCCAUAGCAGAGUGCCCUGAAGGCAAGUCAUACAACAAAUCAUCCGGAUAUCGCAAGGUGGCUUCUGACAAAUGUAAAGGAGGUAUAGAACGCAAAUACCAGCCAAAGGUGACACCUUGUCCCCUUUUACCUCCUAGUGGUCUCCAUAUAUCAACAGUUGAUAGACUGGUAGUUGCAACUGGCUCUGAUGUUAACUUCAAAUUAACACAGUUGGGGGGAUCCAAGACAACAACAAAGUACAGCUGGAACUUUGGUGACAGUAAUACAACAUUUGAGUACACAGGCUUCAAGAAGGGCCAAAGUAUGACACAUAAAUACAGCCAAAGGGGGAUGUACACAGUCAAUUGCACAGCAUAUAACACUGCAGGAAAGACAGAAACAACUAUUGAACUAAGAGUGGAAGAUGAGAUCCAUGGUGUGUAUAUAGAGUUCCCCAAUAGUGUCCAGAUCAACCAAUUGAUCACAUUCACAUUGUCUGUGAUUUCUGCGGCACAACAGUCCAUUAUUUCCGACACAGGAACAGGAAAUGUUCAUUUCUUAUGGACGUUUGGAGAUGAGAAGCCUGGUGCCCUACCAGUAUUAACAUGGGAGAAGAGUGUACAGCAUCGCUAUAGUCAACCUCAGAACUUCUCAGUCAGUGUGGAAGCUACCAACAGUGUCGGGUCUCUGUAUAGAAAAUUCACAAUAUUCGUGUAUGCUCAGUUAAAGAGAGUGAGACUGACAUUCAAUUCAGUGGCAGAUAACGUGACGGAUACAGCGUUUGGACGAACAACUCUUGCAGUUUUACUGAAAAAUAAACUGCAAGAUGUGUUCUCUAUUGGUAAAAGUAGGUUCCAGGUGAACCUGAUCCCUGGGGUCCCUACCCAGGCUGAUGUGUACUUUUUACCUAUCAAUCAAACAGAUACUAAAGAUCUUACGCUUAAUAAGCUUGCAAAUGAAUUAGUGUCCAAAAUAGCUGACAUUCAGAUAGAUGUUGCAAAUAACAAGAAAGUUAACGUCACUGGAGCAGAAAUUAUAGAUGAUGAUGUACCCAAAUCAGGUCCAUCUACCUACUUGGCCUGGGUGAUUGCUGUUCCAACACUCACAGCUGCACUCGUUGUCAUUAUUCUAGUCGCCUUGUACUAUAGAAAGAGAAUGAACAGCGUGCGUCGCUACACGCAGGUUCCCCAGGAUGCAACAACUGAUGCUUUGUUAGAUGAUGAUGACCCUCCUUUGCGUCCAAACCCUGACACGUCAGAUGAUGACAUGAUAGAUGUUAAUGAUACAAACCGCCAGCCCCAUCUAGUGCUUAUGUCAGGAAUUAACACCUACCAUGACGUAAAUGCUUCAACUUGCUAGUGGCGCCACCUAGUUGGUGUGACUUCUAAACACUCUGCUCUAUCCAUUCCAUUGAAUUAGAGACUAAUGAUGUAGUCAUAAAUCUCCAGAGCCAGGCUCCAGAAGAAAUGAAAUCUCUUAUAACAUAUGCUUGAAUAUGAUCUGGAUGUCAGAAUUCACUAAAAACAACCACAACGUAUUUGCUUUUAUAACAAAGCAUUUAAACCCAGUGUGAGCCUUGAAGAGCCAAUAUAGUUUCCUAAAAGAAAAUGUAUUGUACAACCAAUUAUGUUGUGAGAAGAGUGCAUUGUUGAUUGUUGAACUUAAAUUCUUCAAUCAGUAUUUAACCCUUACGGAACUACUUGUUCAUUCAAAAGUAAUAUUUCAUGUACUUUCAACUUUCAUGCCUAUUAAAAGAGAAUUUGAUAAAUAUUUAGGACACGUAUGAUACAUCAAAUUAAAGCUUGUCUGAGUGUUAAAAGCUCUUAUACAAUCUUUAGAAGCAUAUAGGACCCACUUUCUGCAGAUAU